AUGCCGAAAAAAACGCUUUUUUCGAAAAUUCAAUCGCUGAAAACAGAAAUCACAGAUGUCAACUGCAAACUUGAAAAAAGCAUCCCUAACCAUAUCGGGAACGAAGAACUCGCCGUUUUUCAGAAUUUUUCGGAAAAUCGAUCGAAAAAGCAAAAGUCUCACAAAAAACUGGUGAAAAAGCUGACAGACGAGCUCGAGGAAUCUCAAAAAUGGCGGGAAAUUCAACAGUUCAAAAUCGAUUCGCUUCAAAAAGAGAUCGAAGAAAUCAAGGACACACGAAUUUCAGAAAUAAAUAAUGUUCAAAUAGCGAGAAUUUCCUUCAAAAUGUCGAAAAAUGACAACACCGCGGACCCUGGCGAAAAUUCGCAAGAUGGUUCCGUUGCGAAAAAACCCGAAAAUCUCCCAGAAAUCGAUAAAAUCAAGCAGACUUUGAAACGGAAACUCGACGAAAUUACGGAGAAGGUCCAGUCACUCGAGGAAUCUAUUUCAAAGAUUCCGAAAAUCGAAAAUGACGAGAAGUCAACAGAUCGCACAGAUAAUAAAGCCGAUUCUUCUAAGAAUUCAUCAAGUUCCAACGGAUCGACUGUUCCGAAAGCAAUACAAAAAUCGGAAAAGCGAUUCGUGUUGAAGCAUGUUUCCAAAGAUGUCGAGAACUUAGUUGAAGGAAAAAGUUAUACCUGUGAUAUGGAAAAUCACUUUAGUGUUGACAGGUACAUUUAA